AUGCACUUUGUCAACCAGGCGGCUCCCGACAUUAGAAAGAAGCUCCAAAAAUUAGAACGCCUGGGCGAAAAGAGUAUCCAGGAUCUAAUAACAGUGGCAGAAUCAGUCUACAACACCCGCGAAACCCCCGAAGAAAAGCAGGCCAAAGCGGCAGACCGCCAAACCCGUAAUAUGGCGCGCAUCCUGCCGGCUGCAACAGUUCCUGACUCGGAAAAGAGGGAACGCCAGCUGCACCAGCUGGCCACUGAAGAUUCGGUUUUGUUGAAGCCCCAGGGAAAACUGGCUGGAAAGACCUCUUGGGCGGGGGCGCCUGGAAUGAAACAACACCAACGGAGUACCCGAAGAUCGGUGGACUUGGGUGCAGGCCGGACAUCCCACUCUUUCACGGUCAUUCUGGAAUGCCCCUUCCCGCUGUUGGGAAGAGACCUGUUAACCAAAAUAGAGGCCCAGAUUCAUUUCCUCCCGGGAGAAACUAAAAUACUUGAUCAGGCGGGCAGGCCGAUACAAGUAUUAACUAUUCAGUUAGAAGAUGAAUAUCGGCCGCACCAGAAACCUACAUCGCCCCCGGUGGACAUUCAAAAAUGGCUAGAUGAAUUCCCCGAGGCAUGGGCCGAAACAGGGGGAACCGGCUUUGCUAGACACCGCCCUCCUGUGUACAUAAAACUCAAGCCAGGGGCUGACCCGGUCCGGGUCAGACAAUACCCCAUGACCCUAGAGGCCCGACAGGGGAUCACCCCCCAUAUCCACAGGCUUCUAGCCCAGAAAAUAUUGAGACCCUGCCAGUCGGCUUGGAACACCCCCCUGCUCCCUGUCAAAACACCAAAUUCUUGUGACUAUCGGCCAGUGCAGGAUUUACGAGAGGUCAACCGCCGGGUAUUAGACAUUCAUCCCACAGUGCCAAACCCUUACAAUCUCCUGAGCUCCAUCCCACCGGACCAUCACUGGUACAUGGUCUUGGAUUUAAAGGACGCUUUCUUCAACCUUCCCCUGGUGCUCAAGAGCCAGGACCUUUCUGCUUUUGAAUGGUCAGGCCCGGAAGAAGGAAUCAAUGGCCAGCUGGCCUGGACCCGGCUGCCACAGGGCUUUAAAAAUUCUCCCACCAUCUUUGACGAGGCCCUCCAUGAAGAUCUGGGUGAGUUCAGACAACAACACCCCCAGCUCACCUUGUUACAAUAUGUAGAUGACCUCUUAAUUGCAGCAAAAGAUCAACAGACUUGCCUUAUGGGCGCCCGAGAACUACUGCAGACCCUUGGAAAAUUAGGGUAUCGAGCCUCAGCCAAAAAGGCUCAGAUGUGCCAGCCAGAAGUCACCUACCUAGGGUAUGUAUUAAGGGAAGGGCAGAGAUGGCUGUCAGAGGCACGGAAGGAGACGGUACUCAGAAUCCCUACCCCAGACUCACCUCGGAGGGUAAGAGAAUUUUUAGGGUCCGGGUUCUGCCGUCUCUGGAUCCCAAAUUAUGCAGAACUGGCUAAACCCUUAUAUGAAGCCACAAAAAGUACCACACCUUUCAAUUGGACGGAGCGGAUGGAGACCGCUUUCAAGACUAUUAAAACAGCUUUGCUGUCAGCUCCCGCCUUAGGGUUGCCUGACAUUACAAAACCCUUCCUCCUGUACGUAGAUGAAAAACAAGGAGUGGCAAAGGGGGUACUGGUGCAACAUCUGGGACCUUGGAAGCGGCCGGUGGCUUACUUGUCUAAACGCCUAGACCCCGCGGCGUCAGGCUGGCCCCCAUGCCUCCGCAUGAUUGCAGCAGUGGCCCUAAUGGUCAAGGAUGCAGAUAAACGGACCCUGGGGCAAGAGUUGCAUAUCACCGCCCCCCACGCCAUUGAGGGCGUCCUAAAACAACCCCCAGGUAGGUGGAUCAGCAACACUCGGCUGACCCACUACCAAGGAUUACUGCUAAACCCCUCCAGAAUCAUCUUUCUGCAGCCUACUGCUCUCAAUCUGGCUACACUGCUUCCUAAUCUGGAUUUGGAAGCCCCAAUCCAUGACUGCAGUGACAUACUAGCCCAGGUACAUGGAACGCGAGAGGACUUGAAAGACCACCUUCUAGCAGAUGCUGAAGUUACCUGGUAUACAGAUGGAAGCAGUUUCGACCAAGAUGGGCUCAGGUACGCAGGAGCAGCCGUAACCACAGAAACCCAAAUCGUGUGGCGGACACUACCUCCGGGCACUUCAGCUCAAAGGGCUGAACUAAUCGCCCUAACAAAAGCCCUUCAGUUGGGAAAGGACAAAAAACUUAACAUCAUUACAGAUAGCCAAUAUGCCUUUGCUACUGCCCAUAUACACGGAGCCAUCUACGGAGAGAGAGGCCUCCUCAUGGCCGAGGGUAAAACGAUCAAAAAUAAAGAAGAAAUAAAAGCCCUCCUCGCCGCAUUAUGGCUGCCUAAAAAAUUAGCUAUAAUACACUGCCCGGGACACCAAAAGUCAGGCACUCUGACUUCAAAGGGAAACAAUUUGGCGGACAGAGCAGCCCGAGAGGCAGCCCAGGGCACCGUGGUAGAAGCCACCCUUCAAUUGCCCGACCCUGGGAGCCCCAUACUCUCCCUAAUCCUUCCAGAAGAACUAGGAAAGCAGGUGCUGCUAAAGAUGCACCACGCCACUCACCUGGGAACCUGCAAGAUGCAGGACCUGAUUAGACAUGCCAAGAUUACCAUGAAGAACGUCAGGUCAACGAUAGAAGAUACAGUAUUAAAUUGCAAGGCCUGCCAGCUCACUAACGCUGUCCCUCAUCUGACCAGCCAAGGACCCAGAGAACGUGGGAGCCGGCCAGGAGCCUACUGGGAGGUGGACUUUACUGAGGUAAAACCGGGUAAAUAUGGAUAUAAAUAUCUGCUGGUGUUCAUAGAUACCUUUUCAGGGUGGGUAGAAGCUUUCCCCACCAAGAGAGAGACAGCACAGGUGGUGGCCAAAAAGCUGAUUGAACGGUUCGGGUUUCCUGCACAGGUAGGGUCAGACAAUGGGCCAGCCUUCGUAUCGCAGGUAAGCCAGGGAGUAGCCUGGGCCUUGGGGACGGAAUGGAAGCUGCAUUGCGCUUACAGACCUCAGAGCUCAGGACAGGUAGAGAGGAUGAAUAGAACUCUUAAAGAAACAUUAACAAAACUAGUUGCUGAGACUGGCGGGGACUGGGUGGCUCUCCUCCCCUUUGCCCUAUACCGGGUACGAAACUCCCCCUACCAACUGGGACUUACACCCUUUGAAAUUAUGUAUGGGAUACCUCCCCCAAUAAUUCCUAAUCUAAAAAUAGAGGUACUAAAAGAGAUAGAUGAUCAAAGAUUACUUUUUUGUCUCCGGUCCUUACAAUACUCCCACAGGGGCACAUGGAAGAGGCUUAAGGCAUUAUAUGAAUCAGGCCCUCCACCUGAACCCCACCGCUACCGGCCAGGAGAUUGGGUGUACGUGUGCCGUCAUCGUCAAGAGACCCUAGAGCCCAGGUGGAAGGGGCCUUUCCUAGUUGUCUUGACAACACCUACUGCUCUCAAGGUUGACGGCAUCUCCGCUUGGGUUCACUACACCCACGUACGGCCUGCGGACCUGUUCGCCUUACGAGAAGAAUUCCUCCCCUAA